AACUCACCGAUUAGACGGCAGGGAAAGUCGGCGGGAAUGAAAUAUUUUUGAGUGCGUAACAAGAUAACAAGCCGCACGUGUCCGUGACGAUAUAUGGAUGUCACGGCGUUAAUAAAUCCUGACGAUAAAUUGCGUAUAGUCCACUGUUAGCUUCCAUGCUAAUUUAUUUCGGAGCGACACAAAAUGGCUGGCUUUAGGACCGCCUGCAUCAGCUGGCAUCAUUCGCGCAAGUUUGACUAGGCUAACAUAGCAGUGUUAUGGUUUUACUCUAUUUAACAAACAAGUUGCACACUCGCCUGGAAAUGAAACGUGGAAAUGACUCCCCACACUAUUCCUUGUCCGAUGAAGCGGUUCGUUUUGACGGUCUGUGUGUGUACUGUGGCUGUCGGUCGGGCGGCGCUAGGAUCAUGAUGACGACAUUUACAGCAAGUCAAAAGUGAAACUGCCUCUGUAUCUGCUACUCUUCUAAUUGUAUGGUUCUACUCCCCAUCUGCCAUUUUUUCCCCAAUGGAUUCCCUUUGGAUUUAAAGAACUGUUCUCUAUUGUGAAUCAAAUGCAUCGCUCUCCUGCACAUUCAUACACUUCAUAUUCAGUGCGCUUGUUUCAAUCUGCAUCGUCAUGGCUCAGCACGACCCGGCACGGGCGACCGGCUAUCCGUGCAAACAGUGUGGGCUGGCGUUUCCCAACAUGCCCGCUCUACUUGAGCACAUAGACGCUCACCUGGACCAAGAGGAGGAGCGCAAAUACAAAUGCGAUGAAUGUGGGCGCGGAUACAGACACGCCGGUAGCCUCACUAACCACAAAAAGGCUCAUGACGUGGGGUCCUUUCAGUGCAGCGUAUGUGGCAAGGAGAACCCUAACGCUUUGGCUUUGAAAAACCACAUGCGUAGUCACACAUCGCAGAAAAAGUACGCCUGCUUAGAAUGCGGGAAAGCCUUUCGCCUGGCGACGCAACUUGCCACACAUGAGAGGGUUCACCUCAUCUUGCAAGAAAAGUGUGAAGACGUAGAGAAUGAAAACUCUGAUAGUGAAGACAAGACAGAGGUGUUUAAUCCGCCAUGUGACACCGCUGACGACGGCGACGGCGGCGGCGACCGACCUUUCAAAUGCGACCUGUGUGACAAAACCUACAUCCACCAUCGCAGCUUGAGCAACCACAAGAAGACCCAUCAAGUGGGGAUGUUUGAGUGCACCGUGUGUUUCAAACUGUUCAACAACAUGGCUGCACUCUAUAACCACCAGAGGACUCACAAGGUCCGAAACGGCAGCAAUAGCGGCUCAGUGUCUGACCUCUACACCAACUCCACACUGGAGCAGUUUUCUCCUCAGAGUCAUGAUGCUCCUGUUAAUUUCUGCCAUUUAUGUCAGGUUCUCUUUCCAAGCGAUGAGGAGUUCCAGGAGCACAUCCAAAUGCAUAACUCAUCAUCCGCAUCAUUUGGGCUGCCAGAUAACGCGGCAGAGAGCCAGGAUGUGACGUAUGACAGCAGGUCUAAAUCAAGCUAUUUUGCACAUCCUAUAACUAACCCUUCUUUGUCACUAGUAGAUAAGAGUCAAGGUUUUAAUGGCCUCAUGUAUUCAGACUGCGGCAAUAAUUCAGCACCUCAGGGAGAACCCUCGCUCCCGAGUGAUGACGUUCCCGCUCUGGCACUGAAUGUAUCUGACUCAAACGCUGUUGAAUCUGCCGAGCGUCCCUUCAGGUGUCAAAUCUGCGGCAAAAGCUACCGCCACUCCGGAAGCCUCAUCAACCACAAAAGGUCACAUCAGGUCGGGAUUUACCACUGCUCAGUCUGCAAGAAGAGCUACCCUCACCUGGCUGCACUCAAAAGUCAUCUUCGGCUGCAUAAAGGUCAGAAAUCCUUAGGCCUCAACGGGGAUGAGGAUUGGCUCUCCUUAGAACCCUUCACUCUGGACGACCAGCAGGGAUUCUUCCCCUCACAGGAAGAGGAAGACCUCGCAAGCCUGGGUGUCGAUCAGGAGAACGGGGCCAUGUAUAGCGAGCCGUUUAAUCAGGAAUUACCUCCGGAUAUGAGCGCACAGCUACCUCACAGUGAGCACUUGAUGCAGAGGCACAUGUGUGCUGACUGCGGUGAGACGUUUGCAGACAUCGCUGGGAUUAUUGCUCACAGUUGCCCUUUACUACAACAGGCAGACACCAAGGGGACCUUCCAGGACAGCACCGAUAUGUCAUUUCAUGGACAGAACGAUGCCAAUCAUCAGGGUUACUUUGAGGAAGAAAGUAUGAGCAACGACCGGCUGAAUGGUGACGAAGAAGAUGACAGUGAUCUUUACCAGUGCUCUAUUUGUGGGAACAGCUACAGCAGCAUGAGGGCCCUCAGGAGCCAUCUCCGAGGACACACUCAAUCCCAGUGCACUGCCACCACCAGCUCCGGGCCCUCGUCCAUGUCCUCCCAUGAGGAAGCGAGAGAGGACGAGUCAGAGGAAAUGAUGAUCUGCAGCACUUGUGGAGAAAGCUUUGCCAGCAGACAGGACUUACUCACGCAUCAGGUUGUGCACAUCAAAAACUCAGACGACAUAAUCAGUAAGCAUGACGAGCCAGGAGGCGAUGAGGAAGCGGAGAGCAUCAUCUGUGGUAGCUGCGGCAUCUUUUGCAGCAGCUACCAUCACCUGGAGAACCACAACUGCACAGCUAAGAGGAAAGAGGAAGCAACAGCAAAUAUUAAGGAAGAGGAUGUAAAAGCAAAGGAUGUACAAGAAGACAGGAGCAAGGAGGCUUCAAGGGAUCGUCGGCACAGGUGUGAUCAGUGCGGCCGCUCGUACAGACACGCCGGUUCCCUCCUGAACCACAAAAAAUCGCACAAGACUGGCGUGUUCAAGUGCCACAUCUGCCAGAAGCGCUUCUACAACCUGCUGGCUCUUAAAAACCACCAGAGGUCCCACUUUGAUGUCAAGAGGCACACUUGUCACGAGUGCGGCAAAGCCUUUAAAAUCCAGAAGCAGCUUUUGAACCACCUCAGGAGGCAUAAGGAGAACCGGGCCAAGAUCCAAGAACUAAAUGACCAAAUUCAGGCCCUGAUGCAGUUGAACAGGACCGGGUUUGAGGACGAUGCCAGAGAAAGGCAGGAACAAAAGAGACCGGAUGUCGGAGUCAAAUCAGAGGACAUGGGUGACCGGCGACCGUUUGCAUGUGAGCAGUGUGGGCGCACGUAUCGCCACGCAGGAAGUCUGGUCAACCACAGGAAGUCCCAUAAAACAGGCCAGUAUUACUGUUCUGUUUGCAACAACGCUUACUCCAAUCAGCUGGCAAUGAAGAACCACUUACGCACACACUUUGCCAAUAGAAAGCAUUCUUGCCAAAAGUGUGGAAGAGGUUUCAGAGGUAAGAAGCAGCUGUCAGCCCACAUCUGUGCAGACUCACGUAAGGGCGGGAGGCGGAGCUCGAGGCAGAGAGCUUCAAAGUGCAAACAAUGUAAACAGACGUUUCCUACUGCUGACCAACUGGCGGCCCACACCUGUGGCAGAUCUCCACGAAGCGGCGGUGCACAAGCAAAGGGUAAAGAGGAGCGGGCGUUCACGUGCAACAUAUGCCAACGCAGCUAUCGCCACGCAGGCAGCCUUCUCAACCACAAGAACACCCACAAGACGGGACACUUCACCUGCACCUUCUGCUCCAAGCCCUUCACCAACCCUAUGGCGCUGCGCAAUCACACGCGCAUCCACACGCAGAAGAAGAAGUACACGUGCGUCACAUGUGGGAAGGCCUUCCGUCUGGCCAGCAUCCUGCACAACCAUCAGAAGGUGCACGUCCGAGCGGACGGACACUUCAGCUGCUCGGCGUGCGGGAAGAGCUUCCAGGGAAGGUCGGGCCUUAAGAGGCACCGAUGCAGGAAAGGUGAGGCAAGCAGCAGCGUCCAGCAAGGAGAGAACGCGGACAAGUGCUUCACGUGUGACCUCUGCGGCCGCUCCUACCGCCACGCCGGCUCCCUCCUCAACCACAAGAAGACGCACUCAGAAAACCUCCACCACUGCGCCUUGUGCCUGCAGACGUUCCCGGACCCCCUCACGCUGCAGAUCCACUCCCAGAUGAGGCGCCAUUGCUGCCCGGACUGCGGCAAGACCUUUUGUCUGGUCUCGCACCUGCAGAGCCACAUGGAGACGCACUCCAAGGUGCGCUCCGGGCGCCACGCAGCCGAGGGAGAGCCUGAAGAAUUGGGCUGGGACUUGGAGGCUUCCAAGGAGGUCCCCCCGCCUUUAUCCCAUCUCCCCGAAAGCGACGCGGCAGAGAAGGAGGAGAAGAGCCACGUGUGCGAGCACUGCGGUCGCACUUACCGCCACGCCGGCUCUCUCCUCAACCACAAGAACAGCCACAAGACGGGCUCCUUCUCCUGCGCCGUGUGCUUCAAGGAGUUCACCAACCUGAUGGCCCUUAAGAACCAUCGGCGCAUUCACACGGAGCCCAAACGCUACCAGUGUCUGGAGUGCGGGAAGGCGUUCCGCGUGUCCACGCAGCUCAUUUGUCACCGCAGGAUCCACAGCAAAGAAAGACCAUUUAGCUGCUUGCUGUGCGACAAGAGCUUCUCCAGCAAGUCCAACCUGAGGCACCAUGAGAGGAUGCACCAGAACCAGCAGUCCUUUGACUCCGCCUCUUUUAGCUGGGACGCUAACACCUUCAUGGGCUUGGACAUGAUGGGCUCCUUCCUUUGAGCAACAUUUUACCUCCAAUUAUUUCAAACAGGACUUUUGGACCUAAAAGAAACUCUUAACGUCAAAUACCUCCUAGUUGGUUGUUGGAAAACUCCUAAAAAGCUCUUCUAGUACUACUACUACUAACAUUACCCUUCAAGUCCAUGGUUCUAUGCUAAAAGCAUCUUCUUUAUUUAUCUACUGUACUUGUAUGUGUGUGGAAGUAGGAGGACUCUAUGAAUGUUGUCUUCUGUAGCCUUUGACAAACUGGAUGGCAGGAAUGAACACCAACAAAACAAAACAAGAAGUCUGUCCUUUUUAUCCACAGUGGCAAAGCAAGAGUCCUAUUGUUUUUGGAUGAGCCAUCAGAAGUUACAUUGGUGCAUUUACUUGCUUUUCUUCAGUUUUCCCUGUCAAAGCGAGCACUUCAUUGAUGUUAGCCGAUAGCCAACGUAAGACGACUAAAAUGAGCUAAUGUCAUUUAUUUGUUUUUAACUUUCGGGGUUUGUCUUUUUAAGGUAACAACUUGUUUUGUUUUUUAUUUUGAACUGACUUCUCGGUACACACAAAUGUAGUACUUUUGUAGUACCUGACCAAGUGUUAUGUACAUUUUUUAUUAUGUUUAAGUAACUGUUGAGGUGUUAUUGUGUAAAAGUUGACUGUACUAAACUUCACACAAUGCAGUGGCUAUAAAAUAUAAACACGCCCUUAAAAAACA